AUGCAAGGGGAAGAAUCUCACUUUGGCUCACAGCUGGGUACUGAGCCAACCACGGACCACGACACGUCUUCCAGCCCUCCCUAUGAUUUACGUCGCGGAAAUGCAGACUCGUUUGGUACAGAGGGUGAAUGGACUUCAAAACUGCCUCCGAGCAAAGACGGGUCGCCAACACCCAGGACGACCGAUGACGAGAGAGCUCCAAUGCAAAAGGACGAAGAACAUUCCAGCGCGUUUCUGAAAGCAGAGAAUGCGAGUCUGAGAUCUGCAGUAUCUGAUUUAGAAGCCAAACUAUCAAAAUAUCGAUCGCGGCCUUCGGGGGAUCGCGAUAUCGGAUAUGAUGUUACGAAAUUGGUUCAAGGAGCUCUUCCAGUUCUCUCGACAGCCCUUCGGACCUAUGGAGCGAUACAUAAUGUCUUGCAUACGGCCAGCACAGUGGUAAAUGUCUUGGGUCCGCCGAUACAUAGGGCUAUCUCCCACUAUACAACGGGCUAG